AAAAAACGUUUUUUUCCUCGCUCUUCUCUCUCCAUCCUCAAAGACUCCUAUUUUCUCUCUCUCUCCAAAAUUGAGAAAUAAUAAAUCAGAAUCAAAAUCAAAAUCAUGUUUCUUGUUGAUUGGUUUUAUGGAGUUCUUGCAUCACUUGGAUUAUGGCAGAAAGAAGCCAAGAUCUUGUUCUUAGGUCUUGAUAAUGCUGGGAAAACUACUUUACUCCAUAUGUUGAAAGAUGAGAGAUUAGUACAACAUCAACCAACACAGUAUCCAACAUCAGAGGAAUUGAGUAUUGGAAAAAUCAAAUUUAAGGCUUUUGAUUUGGGUGGACAUCAAAUCGCUCGUAGAGUUUGGAAAGAUUAUUACGCUAAGGUGGAUGCAGUGGUGUAUUUGGUUGAUGCUUAUGACAAGGAGAGGUUCGCUGAGUCCAAAAAAGAGCUGGAUGCUCUCCUCUCAGAUGAGUCUCUAGCCACUGUUCCAUUUCUUGUGCUGGGAAACAAGAUUGACAUACCAUAUGCAGCCUCAGAAGAUGAGCUACGCUAUCAUUUGGGUCUCACCAAUUUCACCACAGGCAAAGGAAAUGUGAAUCUUGCUGACUCAAAUGUUCGACCUCUCGAAGUCUUCAUGUGUAGUAUUGUUCGUAAGAUGGGGUAUGGCGAGGGAUUCAAAUGGGUCUCCCAGUACAUCAAAUAGAGGAACAUAGAAGAUGCUGUGGUGGGUCAAAACAGGUAAACUUCCUGUAUUCUGUGUUUCCAGAUCUCACUGGAGUUUGAGAUGAACCAUGGUCUUAACUGUUUUGGAUUCUGUAUCGACACUGGGCAAGAAGUGGAUAUGGUACUUAGUCGUAUCUAUCUAGAAGGUACUGUAAAAUAGUAAAUCUCAGACUACUUUCUUCUUUUAUUUCCCUCUCUUUAGUAUGUGAUAGUUAGCAUGAUCACAAUUGAUUUUCUCUUUUAAAUAUUUGUUAUGAGAAAUCAGGAUUUUCAAGAAAUAAUAAUGGGACUAAUUUAGUCGGUGGUGGUACUGAUAGCAUAACCUU